UGCAUCUGCUCCAACUAAACAAACAGUCGAGACCAGUGCUAAUUUGAUGGAUCUAACCGGAUUUUGCUACUGCAUCUGCUCCAACUAAACAAAACAGUCGAGACCGGUGCUAAUUUGGUGGAUCUAACCGCUUUCAUUUAGCAGAAUCAUGGGCAAUUGCUGCUCCGAACAAUGUGGUUUAGACAAUUUCCUUCUUCGUGGCUUGGAUUUCAUUGUUGGCCAUGCUAAUUAUGUCUGGAAGCUUAAACAAACUCUUCCAACUUUAUCUGCUGCUCUUGAAGAACUGAAGGCGCGAAGAAAUGACGUGAAACGGAGGGUUGAUAUUGCGGAGCGAAAACUAUUGAAGCCAUUGGAGGAAGUUCAGCAAUGGCUUUCAACAGCGGGACCUAUGAUAACGGAGGCAGAAAAGUUGAUUGAGGAUGGCCGUCAACAAAUAAAUAACUUGUGUCUCGGCGGCUGUGCUUCCAAGAGUUGCCAGUCUAGCUACAAGUAUGGCAAAAAAGUGAACAAAAUGCUUCAAGAAAUAAGUGAUCUUAAGAGGGAAGGAGCUUUUGAGAAAGUAGCAGAGGAUCCGCCCCCAGCUCCAGUGGUAGUAAGACCUGAAGAGCAGGCGGUUGCUCUAGAAUCCACAAUCCAAAAGGUAUGGGGUUGCAUUGUAGAAACAAAUGUGGGGAUCAUUGGUCUCUAUGGCUUGGGGGGCGUUGGCAAGACAACACUCUUGACCAAACUCAACAACAAGUUCAGCACCACACCAAAUGAUUUUGAAGUUGUUAUCUGGGCGGUGGUGUCUAAAGAUUACGAUGUUGGAAAGAUUCAAGAUAGGAUUGGAGAAAAUAUUGGUUUUCCACAAUCCUGGAAGAAUAAAAGUGUUGACCAGAAAGCCAUAGAUAUCUAUGGGGUCUUGAGUAACAAGAGAUUUGUUGUAUUAUUGGAUGAUUUAUGGAAGAAGGUGGAUUUGAACCUAGUUGGGAUACCAGAACCAAGCCAAACAAAGGGUUCCAAACUUAUUUUUACUACUCGAUCUUUGGACGUAUGUGGCUACAUGGAAGCUAAAACGAAAAUCAAAGUGGAUUGCAUGGAACCGGGGAAGGCUUGGGAAUUGUUCCAAGACAAGGUUGGAGAUGAAGCUCUCAACAGCCAUCCAGAUAUUCCAAACCUAGCUAAACAAGUAGCUGAAAGGUGCGGUGGGCUACCUCUUGCACUAAUUACAAUCGGCCGUGCCAUGGCUUGCAAGAAAACGCUUGGGGAAUGGAAUUAUGCAAUUGAGAUGUUGAAGCGAUGUGCAUCGCCACAAAUGGAAGAGGAGGUAUUUAAACUUUUAAAAUUCAGUUAUGAUAAUUUGCCUAAUGCCACAAUGAGAAGUUGUUUCCUAUAUUGUUGUCUGCAUCCUGAAGAUUAUUGUAUUCCCAAAAAGAGAUUAGUGGAAUAUUGGUUUUGUGAAGGGCUAUUGAUUGAAUUUGAUAGAAUUAGUGAAGCUCAAAUGCAAAGUGACCACAUUAUCAACUCUCUUCUGAAUGCUUGUUUAUUGGAAAAUAGUGGUGAAAUACAUGGAGAAGAAUGUGUAAAGAUGCAUGAUGUAAUCCGUGACAUGGCUGUAUGGAUUACACGCAAUUCUGAAGCAACAGAGAAUAACUUUUUUGUAGAAGCCGGGGCUCAGUUAUAUGAAGAACCAGAUGUUAAGGCAUGGGAAAGUGUAAAAAGAAUGUCAGUGAUGACAAAUAAGAUUGAAGUUCUCAAAGAAAUACCCAAAUGCCCUAACCUUCGAACCUUGUUUCUUAGCCAAAAUGAGUUGCAAGUGAUCAGCGAUGGUUUCUUCCAAUUUAUGCCUCAUCUGACUGUUUUGGAUUUAUCAAGAAACCUUAGAUUACGAGUGCUGCCUGAGGGAAUUUCACUAUUGGUUUAUCUAGAAUGUCUUGACCUAUCAUUUACUGGUAUAUGAGAGUUGCCAAUAGGGUUGAAAUCGUUGACAAAACUAAUAAUGUUGGACUUGAGUUAUAUGCACAAUCUCAGAAAAAUUCCACAACAUUUGAUAUCUAGUUUUCACAAGUUGCAAAUAUUCAGAAUGUGGUGGUCGGGAUACGGAGAUUAUCCUAAUGAAGACAAUGUUUUGUAUGGUGAUAAUGAAAAGCUUAUAGAGGAGUUGAAAGGUUUGCGACGUUUGAGUAUACUAAGGAUACAGAAAAGGCAUGUUUUGUCUAGAGAGAUUCCUGAUCCUUAAGCUUUCACACAUUAAGCACAGUUCAAAUUUUCUACUAUGACCAAUUGAGAGACAUGACCUGACUGAUUUUUGUUCCAAAUCUAAAGACUCUUUGGAUAGCUGGGUGUGCAAAAAUGGUAGAAAUAUUGAGUGAGAGAAAACUUGGUGAAGUUGCAGGUGUGACUGGAAUUCCGUACUCUAAAUCAUUUCUGAAGCUUGAAACACUUGAAUUAUUUGGUGUACCGAAAUUAAGGAGCAUAUAAUGGGAUGGUUGUGGGUAGGGUUAUAAAGAAGAAUCUCUACAUUAGCUUUAAUUAGUCUCGUUGUUUGAAAAAUUAGCAAAAAAGAAAAAAAUAGAGUAAAAUAUAAAAAUAAUCACUUUUAUUUGUCUUAAGUUACAUUUUAAUUAUUUAUGUUUGAAAUAUUACGUUUUAGUCACUCAUAUUAUUAUUUUGUUACGAAGUGAUCACUUUACCGUUAAGUUCCGUUAUCUCCCUAACGGUAAUCCUAUGUAGUAGUCGAAUUAGAUUUUAAGUGCCAACUUAAAUUUUCAAAUGGGAUGAAAUGUAUUUAAUUAAAAAUCUAUUCUCAUUCCAUUUGAAAAAUCUAAGUUAGCAUGUAAAAUUUAGUUGGAUUGUCACAUAGGAUUACCGUUAAGGAGAUAACAGAACUAAACGAUAAAGUGAUCAUUUCGUAACAAAAUAAUAACAUAAGUGAUUAAAAGGUAACAUUUCAAACAUAAAUGAUUAAAAUGUAACUUGAGACAAAUAAUAGUGACUAUUUUUAUAGUUUACUCAAAAAUAUAUAGUGAUGGUUGAGUUGGAGUUUUAAUUUUGUUUCAUUUUAGUUUUAAUUUCAUCUCGAGUUAAUAUUAGAAUUUUUGUAAGUUAAUAUAAGAUUCGAGAAUGAUGUUUACAUCAUAUAAUGAUUUCAAUUGAAUAUAAUUUGAUUGUAAUUUCUUUAAUAACGAAUAUAAUAUUAAUUUAGAUUCAACGAUGGAGUUGAGUUUGAGUUGUUAAAUAUUAGUGUAUUUUAUCUUAUAUUUUAGCGAGUAAGAUUUUUUUUUUCUUCUUGAAACUAAAAAACCAGCUGUAAUCCAAUUUCAUAAAGAGAAAAGAAGCUAGAAGAGUAACCGAGACAAGAUCCUAAGCUACUGUAGAGCUGAAGCAAAUAACAAAAAAUUUUCCUGAUUUCCAAGCACCAGACUUAGAUAAUUACAGCAAGCCUGAUCCAUUCAAACUCCAACUAUCUUUCACCAGAAUCCUGCUACUGCAUCUGCUCCAACUACACAAAAGAGUCGAGACCGGUGCUAAUUGGGUAGAUCUAACCGGUAAGUCUUAUCUGUCUUCUUCGUAUCUUUGGCUAAAAAAGUUAGCUACUUUUAUUUCCUUCUCUGGGUAUACACUCUGUGAAUCUGCUUGCUUUAUCUCUGCUAAAAAAGUGGCCGAAAUGCUUCAAGAAAUAAGUGAUCAUAAGAGUAAAGGAGCUUUUGAUAAAGUAGCGGAGGAUCCGCCUGCAGCUUCAGUGGUAGUAAGAUCAUAGAGCAGCCGGUUGGUCUAGAAUCCACAAUCCAAAAGGUAUGGGAUUGCAUCGGAGAUUCAAAUGUGGGGACCAUUGGCCUCUAUGGCUUGGGGGGCGUUGGCAAGACAACACUCUUAACCAAACUCAAGAACAUGUUCAGCACCCCACCGAAUGAUUUUAAAGUUGUUAUCUGGGUCGGGGUGUCUGAAUAUUACGAUGUUGGAAAGAUUCAAAAUAGGAUUGGUGAAAAUAUUGGUUUUCCUCGAUCCUGGGAGAAUAAAAGUGUUGAACAGAAAGCCAGAGAUAUCUAUGGGAUCUUGAGUAACAAGAGAUUUGUUGUAUUAUUGGAUGAUUUAUGGGAGAAGGUGGAUUUGAACGAAUUUGGGAUACCAGAACCAAGUCAAGAAAAUGGUUCCAAACUUAUUUUUACAACUCGAUCUUUGCGUUUAUGUGUCAACAUGGGAGCUCAAAAGAGAUUCACAAUGAAUCCCCUGGCAUGGGAGAAAGCUUGGGAAUUGUUCCAAGACAAGGUUGGAGAUGAAGCUCUUAACAGCCAUCCAGAUAUUCCAGACCUAGCUAAAGAUGUAGUUAAAAGGUGCGGUGGGUUUCCUCUUGCACUAAUUACAGUGGGUCGUGCCAUGGCUUGCAAGACAACACUUGAGGAAUGGAAUUAUGCAAUUGAGAUAUUGAAGCGAAUUGCACCGUCAGCAGCGGACUAUGAGGUAUUGUCACUUGUAAAAUUCAGUUACGAUAAUUUGCCUAAUGCCACAAUGAAAUAUUGCUUCCUAUAUUGCUGUCUGUAUCCUGGAGAUUAUUGUAUUCCCAAAAAGAGAUUAGUGGAGUAUUGGUUUUGUGAAGGGCUAUUGAAUGAAUAUGAUAGAGUUAGUGACGCUCAAAUGCAAAGUGACCACAUUAUCAGCUUUCUUUUGAAUGCUUGUUUAUUGGAAAAUGGUGGUGAAAUACAUGGAGAAGAAUGUGUAAAGAUGCAUGAUGUGAUCCGUGGCAUGGCUUUAUGGAUUACACGCGAAUGCGAAGCAACAGAGAAUAAUUUUUUUGUAAAAGCAGGGGCUCGGUUAUGUAAAGAACCGAAUGUUAAGGAAUGGGAAAGUGUAAAAAGAAUGUCAGUGAUGGAAAAUAAGAUUGAAGUUCUCAAAGGAACACCCAAAUGCCCUAACCUUCGAACCUUGUUUCUUAGCCAGAAUGAGUUGCAAGUGAUCAGCGAUGGUUUCUUCCAAUUUAUGCCUCAUCUGACUGUUUUGGAUUUGUCAAGAAAUCUUCGAUUACGAGCGCUACCUAAGGGAAUUUCACAAUUGGUUUGUCUAGAAUGUCUUGAUCUAUCAUUUACUGGUAUAUCAGAGCUGCCAAUAGGGUUGAAAUCGUUGACAAAACUGAAAAUGUUGGACUUGAGUUACAUGCACAAUCUCAGAAAAAUCCCACAACAUUUGAUAUCUAGUUUUUUGCAGUUGCAAAUAUUCAGAAUGUGGUGGUCGGGAUGCGGAGAUUAUCGUAAUGUCGACAAUGUUUUGUACGGGAGUAAUGAAAAGCUUAUGGAGGAGUUGAACGGUUUGCAAUGUUUGAAUAUACUAACGAUACAUAAAAAAGCACGUUUUGUCUAGUAAGAUUCCUAAGCUUUAAUUUGUUUCAAUGUUAGACCCAAGCAUUACAACUUUGUGAUUUUAGAGAAUCGAAAAUGUUUAAUGUUUUAUGCUGAGUGAUUUUGGAGUUUACCCAUUUAAGUUGGUGAAUACAAUGCUUGUAAUUAAAAUAAAUUAUUUAUAUAUAACCAUUAAUUUAAGAAAA